AGUCAGGAGGGAGAAGGAUGGAGCAGGAGGGAGAGGCAGAGGGGCGCUCUGUGCCCCAGUGCCCAGUGGGGCCAGGAGGUGUCCCCACUUUACUGAGUAGAUACCCCUUCUUCUUCUAUAAGACCUGGGGGUGAAGCUGACCUGUGGGUGCCUUUGGAAGGAGUGCCCAGAGAGGGGACCCAGCUCCUGGAAGCCCACUUGGGGCUUCAUCCCCUCAGUCUCCUGGCUCCACCCCCUUCACCCUCCUCUCUCAGCCUCUCCUCCAGCCCUCCCUCCCAGGCCUUCAUCCUGUCUUCUUCCAUCCAUCUCCCUUUUUCUGCCUUCCCUGUUCUGGUCUCCCCUGCCUUAGUCUCCCUCAUCCUGGCUGGUUCUUUUUUCUUUGUUUUGCCCUCCUGGCUUUGUGUUCAGGAUCUCUCUCCUUGUCUGAGAUCUCUGGCCCUCCCCCUGCCCUUUUGUCUCAGAUCUCCUUGCCUGUCAGCCCCCAGGGCCGUUACUCUUCUAGGUGGGGGGGGGGGGGGAGCACCCACCUCCUCCAGUCCCACACUUCCGGGGCACCUGCCCUCAGGAGCCCUCCUCCCUUUGGAGAACUCUCAGCUCAGACUCCUCCUUUGCCCCUCCCCCUGCCCUGCUCACCUUUAAUUGAGAUGCUAAUGAGGCUUCUGUCGCUUCCAUCCCAGCCUGGCGGGCGGGCUCCCUGGCUGGGCCGCUGCACCUGUCAGGCUCAUGAAAGGAGAGCAGCAUGAGGAGCAGGGGCUGGGCCCCGACCCCGUGGCACCCCCGCAGCCCAAAGAGGAGGAGGAGGCCCUGAUCGAGUUCCACCGCUCCUACCGAGACCUCUUCCAGUUCUUCUGCAACAACACCACCAUCCACGGUGCCAUCCGCCUGGUGUGCUCCCAGCACAACCGCAUGAAGACGGCCUUCUGGGCUGUGCUCUGGCUCUGUGCCUUCGGCAUGAUGUACUGGCAGUUCGGCCAGCUGUUCGGGGAGUACUUCAGCUACCCCGUCAGCCUCAACAUCAACCUCAACUCAGACAAGCUCGUCUUCCCCGCCGUCACCAUCUGCACCCUCAAUCCCUACAGGUACACGCAAAUUAAAGAGGAGCUGGAGGAGCUGGACCGCAUCACAGAGCAGACGCUCUACGACCUGUACAAAUACAACUCCUCCAGCACCCUGGGGACCCACCCCCGCGGUCGUCGCGACUUGCGGGAGCCCUGGCCGCACCGCCUGCAGCGCCUGUGGGCCCCGGCCCCGCCCCCCGGGGCCCGCGGAGUCCGCAGCGCCGCCUCCAGCGUGCGGGACAAUAACCCCCAAGUGAACAGGAAGGACUGGAAGGUCGGCUUCCAGUUGUGCAACCGGAACAAAUCGGACUGCUUUUACCAGACGUACUCGUCAGGGGUGGAUGCAGUGAGGGAGUGGUACCGUUUCCACUACAUCAACAUUCUUUCUCGACUGCGGGACACUUCUCCAUCCUCGGAGGACAUGCUGGACAACUUCAUCUUUGCCUGCCGCUUCAACCAGGCCUCCUGCAAUCAGGCGAAUUACUCCCACUUUCACCACCCUAUAUAUGGGAACUGCUACACUUUCAAUGGCAAGAACAACUCUAACCUCUGGAUGUCUUCCAUGCCUGGGAUCAAAAAUGGUCUGUCCCUGACGCUGCGCACAGAGCAGAAUGACUUCAUCCCGCUGCUGUCCACAGUGACCGGGGCGAGGGUAAUGGUGCAUGGGCAGGAUGAGCCUGCCUUCAUGGACGAUGGCGGCUUUAACUUGAGGCCUGGUGUGGAGACCUCCAUCAGUAUGAGGAAGGAAGCCCUGGACAGACUUGGGGGCGACUAUGGUGACUGUACCAAGAAUGGCAGUGAAGUCCCCGUGGAGAACCUUUAUCUUACCAAGUAUACACAGCAGGUGUGUAUCCACUCCUGCUUCCAGGACAGCAUGAUCAAGGAGUGUGGCUGUGCCUACAUCUUCUAUCCGUUGCCCAAGAACGCGGAGUUCUGUGACUACAGGAAGCAUAAUUCCUGGGGUUACUGUUACUAUAAGCUCCAGGAUGCCUUUUCCUCAGACCGCCUGGGGUGUUUCACCAAGUGCCGCAAGCCGUGCAGUGUGACCAGCUACCAACUCUCUGCUGGUUACUCACGAUGGCCCUCAGUGACAUCCCAGGACUGGAUCUUCCAGAUGCUAUCCCGACAGAACAAUUAUACUAUCAACAACAAAAGAAAUGGGGUCGCCAAACUCAACAUCUUCUUCAAGGAGCUGAACUACAAAACCAAUUCUGAGUCUCCCUCCGUCACGAUGGCCACUCUCCUGUCCAACUUGGGCAGCCAGUGGAGCCUGUGGUUCGGCUCCUCGGUGCUGUCUGUGGUGGAGAUGGCUGAACUCAUCUUUGACCUCCUGGUCAUCACGUUCCUCAUGCUGCUCCGGAGGUUCCGAAGCCGAUACUGGUCUCCAGGCCGAGGGGGCAGGGGUGCCCAGGAAGUGGCCUCCACUCCAGCUUCCUCCCUCCCAUCCCAUUUCUGCCCCCACUCCACAUCCCCACCAGGCCCUGCUACCUCCCCAGCCUUGAUGGCCCCUCCGCCUGCCUAUGCCACUCUGGGUCCCUGCCCAUCUCCCUCCAACUUGGUGGAGGCCAGCUCCUCUGCCUAUACUCUGGGGGAGCCUUGAGAGGGAAGGAAAGUGCCCUCCCCCCACAAGGCAGGCGCUUCCCCUGGUGGGAGGGGAGCAGGCUUGGCAGGAUUAAAGAAUGUCUUGGGACUUCCUCUCA